AUGACUAAGGAAAAUGAAAAUGAGGAUAAUUGUUCUGUUAAGUCAAACAUGACGAUCGAAGGGGAAGAAGGUAUUAACCUAACUGAGUUCAUGAGUCCACAACAGAGCAACAUGGAAGGAGUAACAUAUGAAGGAGUAAGUCAGGAAAAUAGAAAUGAGGAUGCCACAGAAGGUGAUCCAAAAGAUGAUGAAGAUGAUAAUGUCCCAGAUGUUGAAUAUGACAAUGUCCCAGAUGUUGAAUAUGACAAUGUCCCAGAUGUGAAAGGAAAACCAAUGUUUAAUGAAGACAUAUCUUGGAAGAAGCAGUUGCCAAUUCUAUAUAUGAGGGGAUAA